AUGUGGCGUCCAGGCGUUUGUCACUCAGACCCGAGGUAUCAUGUUGGUAUCUCCGAGCUCCUGGGAUCCACUGUCUCCCUGCAGGCCGUACACGAUCUCUUACACAGCAUCGACGCAGUUAACGAAUUGAAUACAAACUGUCCUAACGACUACUACGUGCAGCGACAGGACAUAUCGCAGACGCCCCUAGUACCACCAGCUAGCCGAAACAACUGGUUUAUCACUAGUUGCACUGCUCAGGCAAUAUGUACAUACGUCGACGGCCUGAGUACAAACUGCCUUCGACAGCACAGCUUCUCCCAGGAACAGUGGAAUGAAUUUGACAAUAAAACGUCCGGUGUGCCUUGCCGGAAAUACGAUGGAGAUUGGCAGUGCCGGGAACGCUGGGGGAACGAGUCCGGCCAAUGUGACCCAACCGGCAACAACGUGUGCACAACGCCCAAUGCGCACUGUGAUCACGUGACUGACACAUGCACAUGUGACGAAUGUUGCUAUGACAGCAACGGGGAUGAGCCAGGAGGAGAAUGUAAACCAAAGGUCGACGUUGGAGGUUCAUGCAAUAGCUCUGUCGAAUGUCGCGAUGCGAACGCUAAUUGCGACCCAGAUCAAGACGAGUGUGUGUGUAACGACGACUUUUAUCUUAACGACGAUGGAACGUGUGUCCCAUUAAGUUGCCUUGGGGAGCCGUGUAGAAAUGUCAACGACUGCAAGGGAAGCGCACCCAGUGUUCAAUGUUUAAACAACGUGUGCAUCUGUGGCGCUGACUAUGAUGCGAACGAUGAGGGGGAGUGUAUUUUACAGGUCGACGUUGGAGAUUCAUGCAAUAGUUCUGUCGAAUGUCGCGAUGCGAACGCUAAUUGCGACCCGGAUCAAGACGAGUGCGUGUGUAACGACGACUUUUAUCUUAACGACGAUGGAGCGUGUGUCCCAUUAAGUUGCCUUGGGGAGCCGUGUAGAAAUGUCAACGACUGCAAGGGAAGCGCGCCCAGUGUUCAAUGUUCAAACAACGUGUGCAUCUGUGGCGUUGACUAUGAUGGGAAUGAUGAGGGGGAGUGCAUUUUACAGGUCGACGUUGGAGGUUCAUGCAAUAGUUCUGUCGAAUGUCGCGAUGCGAACGCUAAUUGCGAUCCAGAUCAAGACGAGUGUGUGUGUAACGACGACUUUUAUCUUAACGACGAUGGAACGUGUGUCCCAUUAAGUUGCCUUGGGGAGCCGUGUAGAAAUGUCAACGACUGCAAGGGAAGCGCGCCCAGUGUUCAAUGUUCAAACAACGUGUGCAUCUGUGGCGUUGACUAUGAUGGGAAUGAUGAGGGGGAGUGCAUUUUACAGGUCGACGUUGGAGAUUCAUGCAAUAGUUCUGUCGAAUGUCGCGAUGCGAACGCUAAUUGCGAUCCAGAUCAAGACGAGUGUGUGUGUAACGACGACUUUUAUCUUAACGACGAUGGAACGUGUGUCCCAUUAAGUUGCCUUGGGGAGCCGUGUAGAAAUGUCAACGACUGCAAGGGAAGCGCGCCCAGUGUUCAAUGUUCAAACAACGUGUGCAUCUGUGGCGCUGACUAUGAUGCGAACGAUGAGGGGGAGUGUAUUUUACAGGUCGACGUUGGAGGUUCAUGCAAUAGCUCUGUCGAAUGUCGGGAUGCGAACGCUAAUUGCGACCCAGAUCAAGACGAGUGUGUGUGUGACGACGACUUUUAUCUUAACGACGAUGGAACGUGUGUCCCAUUAAGUUGCCUUGGGGAGCCGUGUAGAAAUGUCAACGACUGCAAGGGAAGCGCGCCCAGUGUUCAAUGUUCAAACAACGUGUGCAUCUGUGGCGCUGACUAUGAUGCGAACGAUGAGGGGGAGUGCAUUUUACAGGUCGACGUUGGAGAUUCAUGCAAUAGUUCUGUCGAAUGUCGCGAUGCGAACGCUAAUUGCGACCCAGAUCAAGACGAGUGUGUGUGUAACGACGACUUUUAUCUUAACGACGAUGGAACUUGUGUCCCAUUUGUUGAAUUUGGCAAUAAUUGUACGUGUGACGAAGAGUGUGGUGAUGACAACACAGUGUGUGACGACGGAACAUGCGCAUGCGCGGAAGGCUUCCACCGACAGGGCGAGGAGUGUCUACAAGACGGCGUGGACGAGCCCAACGAUACGUGCUCGGACUGUUGUGUGGCCCCACUCGUCUGCCAGGAAAACACGUGCCAAUGUCCACCAGAUACAACCUAUAACGGCAGCACGUGUGUCGGCGAUUGCAUCAACACGUGCCCGAAUCCGCUGAUGUUUGACGAUAACGACGUGUGUGUCUGUCCAGGAUCUAAGAUCUACGUCUUCAUUUCGGUAGACGAUUUCGGCUGCUACGAUGGUAACUUGGAUGACUCUUGUGUGGACGAUGGUGAUUGUCUACAGGCCAACACGGUUUGUGGGGGUAGCAAUCAGUGCGUGUGUGAGUCACCAGCAGUGAAAAACGGCAGUGUAUGCGAUGUGCCGCUUGGGUAUGAGUGUGACCCUGACCUCGACAAUUGCCUUGAUGAAAAUGCCUCCUGUGUACCUGACAGCAACUUUUCGUGUGACCCCAUCUGCGUGUGCGAUCCAGGCUUCUACAAUCCGCAAGGUUGUGACUUCUGCGGUGGAGAAUGCCUGCCACGGCUACAAGCGGAUGCGGCCUGUUCCUCAACCAAUUUUUGCGAUGAUCCCUGCACGCCGCCGUUGAUGUGUCGGGAGGAAAUAUGCAAGGGAGGAGUUGAGCUUGGCGGUCAGUGCGCUAACGCGAAUGACUGUGCGGAGUGGCCGAGGACAAAGUGCGACUUCAACUCAACCAUGAGCCCCAAGCAGAAGAUCUGCUCGUGUAAUGAAGGUCAGGACUGGGAGGAGAUACAAGGGGUGUGCCUCUGUGACCCAUUCAAUGGGAAACAGAACCCCGCAUGUGACUAA